GAAUUUCUGGGCCUGACUGAAGCCAGCGUGGCUGAGACCCGAGAGCCGCUGUCUUGGCGCCUGGCCGGAAGCGGAAGUGACGUCAGCGGGCCGCGGAUUCUUUUCCAGCGCUGGCUCUGUCCGGCAAGUGGCUAUUUUCACCGUGUGUCCAUCUAUAAUUUUGGAGAAACUGCUCUUGAGCUGGAGCCCAGAGACAGAGGUGGAGGAUCUUCACUAUGGCGAUUUUCUUGGACGAGGUUUGUGACAAGUGACUGGCUCACAGAAGCCUCCAAAGCCACCUCUGAAUUGUUUCCCAGAAGGAAAAAAAUUUUUGUCAUUUGGUAACACUGGCUCCAGCCCCGACCCCAGCCUCCUCCCGUCUCACAGACUUGGUGAUUCUGGCGAGUUCAGGUGGUCUUUCUGGGCACGCAGCCUGCCUUCUUGAAGAAAAGAUAAAGGCUGGGAGGAUGGUGGCUGACUGCCUGACAAAUUGUUACCAGGCUGGCAUGUGUGUGAUGAUUCAGGACCCGGUGACCUUUGAGGAUGUGGCAGUGGACUUCACCCAGGAGGAGUGGAUUUUGUUGGAUGAGACUCACAGAGCCCUGUACAGAGAGGUGAUGCUGGAGAACUACCAGAACCUGGCUUCCCUCGGACGUGAGCCUAUCAAACCCAGUCUGAUCUCCUGGUUGGAGGAGGAUCUAUGGACAGUACAGAGCGGAGACCUCCAAGAAUGGGAAAUGCGACUUAGCACCAAAGAGUCAACAUUUCAGCAAUUUCAGCAGGACUUUUUGAGGGGACAAACUUCAAAUGGGACACAAACAGUAGGAAGCCACCAUGCAGGGGACCUCUGUGACUAUGUGCAAUGUGGAGAGAUCUUCAGUGAACACUCGUAUUUCAAGACACACAUAAAAAGUCAAAAUACAUGGAAUGGAGGUCAUUUGACUCACUCAAGUCAGGCUGUACCUGUUCAGAUACACACUAUAAAAACCUACGCAUGUAAAGAUUGUGGAAAAGCCUUUGGACGGUCUUCAAACCUUAACAGGCACAUGCGGACCCAUACGGGAGAGAAACCCUAUGAAUGUAAGGAAUGUGGAAAAGCCUUCACUACUUACUCAAGGCUAGUGGAACAUUUUAGAACUCACACUGGAGAGAAACCCUAUAAAUGUAAGGACUGUGGAAAAGCCUUCACUAAGCGCUCAGGCCUUAUUACACAUAUCCCAACACAUGCUUCAGAGAAACCCUAUGAAUGUAAAGAAUGUGGGAAAGCCUUCGCUUCAUCCUCACGCCUUACUCAGCAUGUAAGAAUUCACAGUGGAGAGAGACCCUACAUAUGUAAGGAAUGUGGGAGAGCCUUUCUCACUUCCUCAUAUCUACGUAACCACGUAGGAAGAACUCAUAGUAGAGAGAGACCCUAUAUAUGUGGGGAUUGUGGAAAAGCCUUUCAUUCCUACUCAUACCUACGUAGACAUGUAAGAAUUCACAGUGGAGAGAGACCCUAUAUAUGUAAGGAAUGUGGGAAAGCCUUCCUCAACUCCUCAUACCUACAUAACCAUGUCAGAAAAACUCACAGUGGAGAGAUACCCCAUAUAUGUGGUGAAUGUGGGAAAGUCUUCCAUGCUUCCUCAUACCUACGUAGACAUGUAAGAACUCACAGUGGAGAGAGACCCUGUAUAUGUAAAGAAUGCGGGAAAGCCUUCCUCAACUCCUCAUACCUACGUAAACACCUAACCAUUCAUACUGGAGAUAAACCCUAUGAAUGUAAGGAGUGUGGAAAGGCCUACAAUAGGUACAAUCUGCUGCAUGACCAUUUAAAAACUCACACGGUGGAAAAGCCAUUUGAAUGUGAUGUGUGUGGAAAAUCCUUUCAAUAUUUCUCAUACCUUACUAAACAUGUUCGUAUUCACACCGGAAUAAAGCCCUAUAAGUGUAAGUACUGUGGGAAGGACUUCACCACUUCUUCAAGCAGGACAGAACAUGUAAGAACUCACACUGGGGAGAGGCCCUAUGAAUGUAAGGAAUGUGGGAAGGCCUUCAGUUCAUCUUCCAACCUAAUCCACCAUGUUAAAAUUCACAGCAGAGAGAAACCCUUUGAUAGAGAUGUAGAAAAGCCUGCAAUAACUCUCACCUACUAAGUGAACAUUUAGUAACUCACACUGAACAAAAACCCUUUGAAUGAGGGGAAUGCCAAAAUCCUUUAGGAGUUCCUUACAUCUUAAUGCUCACACUGGAGCUUUCACUGGUGAGAUACCUUGUUAAUGGAAGGUGUGUGGAACAGCCUUCAGUUACACCACUUGACUUUGAAAACAUGAAAGAACCUCUUCUCUCAAGAUGCCCCAUGAAUUUAAGGAAGGCAAUAUGAAAGCCUUGACUAGUUUCCGGGAACUUAUUAAAUAUGUAAGACUCCACAGUGAAGGGAAUGCUCCUUAUGUAAGAUAUAUGGGAAGGUGGUAGUUCUGUGAAAUGCUUUGAUCUUCACCUGUGAUCUCACAGUGGAGAAAACUUCAUGAAGGUAAGGAAUAUUGGGAGGUCCUUUUUUAGUAGCAUGAAUGCUCAUGCAGACUCUCACCCAAGAGAUACUGAAUACAUGGGAUAUGAGAAUUUUGUCCACAUCCCCUGAAAUUUGGGAUGCUGGCAGAGAUAAUGCUGUCUGGAUGGUUUUGUUUAUUUUGAACUUUUGUUCUCUAUCCUGAUCAUUCCCAGAGUGACCCAUCUUUCUUCCAUAGCAACACCAUUUCAGUCCAGGUGCUACAGCUUCUGGGUAGCACCGUGGUAAAAAGUGGGCCUUCAGGACGCCGAUGUAAUGUUUUAGUAAUGUAAACUCCCUGGCUUGUCAUGCUCUUACACAUGUUACUCCUAUAGUGGCCCACAACAGCCAAUUUUGGCUUAUAAUAUAACUGUCAGUGUUAAACUAUCUUUGUUCCUCUUUCACUUCUGAUUCUUUCAGAUAAAAGGUUGUGGUGCUAAAGAGGUGAGUGGAGAAAUGGGGAAUGAAUAGCUAGCAGUGUGAAGUACCUUGAUUUCAUGACUGGAGGGAGCGCCAUGAGCCUUGCACCUGGAGAAUGGGAAUUAAUCUCAGGCAAUUCAAGGAGGUAGCGAGUUGCCUGAGGUUCUUUCUGACCUCUGCAUGCGCAAAGGUGGGCAAAGCAAUCAUGAAUGCCUUAGUCAUGUAACAGCUGGGACUGACAGUGGGACCAGGAUUCUGUUUCAAUGUACCAUUGAAACAGAAAAACCAUGUGACAUAGAGAUUCAUAUUCCAUGCAGCUGGAAACCGUCCCUGGCACUUCUGAUGUGGCCUUGGUACAGAUGCAAAGCACCACCUGGUUUCAGUCUGGGAUAUUUAUGCAUGUAUGCUUGAGCAGCUUUGUGUUAUGUCACCUAUGACCAUUGGGGCUACAGCCACUCAGUGACACUUUCUGUGGCUGUUAAACCAUUCCGUGUCAUGGUGAUCCAGAACCAGCUACUUAAUAAAUCCUGAGUGGAAGAGACCU